AUGUACUUAAAACCUCAGACAUCUCACCAUGGAAAAUUUCCUCCUGAACAGUGCCCUGGUGACUGGAUAGGUUACAAAAAUAAAUGUUAUUUCAUCUCAGAGGAAGAAAAAAACUGGACGUCUAGUCAGACCUUCUGCACUGCGAAUGAAUCCUUGCUAGCCAUUUUUGAAAACCAGGAGGAAAUGCAUUCUUUAGCUAAGCAUUUGAAAAUAGAUGACUACUGGAUUGGAUUGCGCAAGAAAGGUGAAAGCUUCUAUUGGGAGAAUGGUAUUGUCUUCAAGGAGAACUCGUUCCAGAUCUGGAAUCAUUCUGAGUGUGCCUACUUGGAUGGCUUCACUAUUUCUACGUCAGCAUGCACUUUGCCCAGGCGCUGGAUCUGUAUGCAACUUCCCUGA